GAACCUGACAGAAUUCGAGAACCGAACCGCGGCCAACUUGGGUCGCUGUGGGAGAAGAAAAAUCAAAAGUGUAAAGAAAAAGAUGGCAACCGCUGCUGCUGGAAUUUUCAACUGAUCGGAAAAGUGGAAAAUCUGUGGUUUUUAGUGAGAAAAUUCCGGCGAAUAGCAGCAUUUCGGACGGGAACCGUGCCACCGAUGGGAUUUCAACCGUAAGAAAGAAUUUCAACACGGUCAGUAGCGCAUCUAGCACAAAACAUGUCCUCCCUGGAGCCACAUCAUCACCAUCCGCUGGCACCGAUCCCGUCGUCCUCGUUUGUGAUCCCAUCGCAGCAAUUCAAUGUCCUACCGACGGCAACCAUCAUGGAUAACACUGCCCUCCUUUCGCUGAAGUCUCAGUCAUCGGCGGUUUGCCACGGUAGUGGGACAACUGCAGCCUACCACAACGGUAACCCGCUCGACCUAUUCCACACGCUGGAAAAAGUUCAUGCCGCAAAACAGCAGAUCAUAAUGAACGAGUUCCUGAACAGUCAUCUUCCAACGCCACCACCAACGCCUGUUGUCACCACGAACGGGAGUCCUUCCAGCACAAUGAAUGGAAAGAUGUCACCCACGGCGCUGCAAAGCUUAGGCAUCCAAAACCAGGCCGUGCCGAAUCUGUGCGCAGAUAUUGAACCAGAUUCAACCACCUCGUCGCUGGGGCAACUUCCGUUGACUCCGGAGAAGAUGGGGGGUGCCAAAUUCAAACCACAGGAGGAUGUUCUGGUGCAGCACAAAGACGGUCGGUUCUAUCUGGGCACAGUGAUAGCUAUCGGGAACUGCCAGUGUCUGGUGCGAUUCAACGACAACACCGAGUGCUGGUCGGACUUUCGAGAGCUGACCAAACUGAGUGGCGGUGGCGAGACGGAUGACGCCCCAGCGUGUGUAGUGUGCAAACGGCAACAGCAAAACGAGGAAAGCGUUGAAGUUUGCGAGAACUGUGGCCGAGGCUAUCACGUCAAAUGUAUGGAUGGAAACUUCAAGCGUAAUGGAUACUGGUUCUGUCGAAUGUGUGCUUCUCCGAACGGUAAAAGGAAGGACGUGCGCUACGUUUGUUCAGGGGUGUUGUCAGAGUCACUCGAUCCACUGACAGAUAAGGCACAGCUUCCAUACGACAUUGACAUGCUAACGUGGGAUCCGCUGCAUCGUACAAACGUGGAACAAAACUACUGCUACUGUGGAGACGACGGAGAUUGGCUGCGGGAAAUGAUUCAAUGCUGCCGGUGUCAACAGUGGUACCACGGUCGGUGUAUUCGCAGCUUACAGUAUCCAAUUUUUCUGGGCGAUCGGUUCUACUUUUUCAUAUGUUCGAUUUGCAAUCGUGGACACGAAUUCGUCAGACGGUUAGAGGUCAGUUGGCCGGAUUUGAUACACCUGGCGUUGUAUAAUUUAAUCGCCCGCAAUGGGAAGCGAUUCUACGAAGUAACGAAAGCCAUUUUCCCAUAUGUGGAAGACAACUGGAAAACGCUUCAGAUGAGUAAUCAGAUGAGCAAACUGUCGCCGAACGCACGGAAGGAGAUUAUCACGCAAACCCUUGCCAACGAUCGGAACCGGUUUAAAUGUGGUAGCGAAGUGGAGAAGGGGGCUACCAUGUGGACGCUAAGGGUCAACCAACCACCGAAUCCACCGAACGUACUAAUUCAGCCCGGCCAAAUCAUCACCGAGCACAUACUAACGCAGAUGUCGACCGAGAAUAGGAUCUAUCGUUUCCUGACGAGGGUUGCGUUGGAGCGAUCCCUCGUGAAUGACGCUCCCAGCCGGGAGAAGAUGACCGGCAUCAGCUAUUGUUCGCCGCUGGUCUCGGAGGACGACUCCUCGGACGUUUCGGACGAUGCCGAUGGCAACCACGAACAGGACAACAGUUCCGAUUUCGAAACUUCAGCCGAUGCGGGCAUCGGCGGUGGCGACUUGAUGGCGCAGGCAACAACGGCCACCGGUGCUGCCGACCAAAACGGUGCAAUCAUUGCCAACAGUACAGGGAAACAAUCGUCUAGUUUAAAUUUAAGUGAUUCACUAUUUAGUUGCAAUGCCAAGGAUGGCUUCCAGCUGUUCGGUACCGGAGUGUCUGUUGCGGCAGCCGCGAUUGCUGGUACGGGUUCCAAACCCCAGAGCGAUGCAGGCAGUGUUGCAAGCGGGAGUGGCAACAGAAGAGCAUUCAAAUCACGCUCGAAAAAAACCGAAAGCGAGAAAUCGUUCGAUAUCUACGAUUCGUCGGAUGACACGUCAAGGAAUACACUGGAUUUGAUCAUCCCCCCACCGAAAGAUUUCACCGGAAGGAACAAUCCGUUUCACCAAGCUACAGCUGCGGCCGUAGCUGCGGUAACAGCUGCUUCGUCGGCGAAUAACAUCCCUUCUGGGACAGGACAGGCGAAGGGAAACGAACUGAAAGACUUGAUACAAAAGGCUAAUACCACCAAUCACGUUAGUCAUUUAAGUAGUAACCUUAUAAGUGGCGAACUCAGGGUGGCCCGGAUUGUGAAGCGGAGGCUUAGUGCUCGCGACAUACUGAAUGGCUCAAAAAGCAAACGGAGGAAAUUCCGGCAAAGUUCGGUUAUUGGUACCACCAUCACGGCAAUUGCCGCUCCUGUAAACUCACUUCCAGCACCAGGCCAGUCAUCAAGCCUCAUAGCGUCCUUAUUCAGCCAACCGGUAGACAAUAACGGUUGGACUAGCCAAAUUCCUCUCAGUCAUCUGUUGCCGUCGUCGACGUCGUCUUCGUCAGGCAACAGUACUCCUGCCCACUGUUCCUACCAGCAGCAACAGCAGCCAAAUUUGAACGUUCCUCAAGCACUGCCUGCCUCAGUGACCUCAGCAUUCUCGUCGUCGACAGCCUCAAACGCGUCCGCCUCGGCGGGAACGUCACCGUCCCAGGGUCUACUACAACCGCCGUUGAAACGUAAUUUUGCCCAUGGUCGGCGACUUCGCCAGCGCCAGGAGCGAAACUACAACGAAAAUGGCCGGAGGGUUAGCCUGACGACGGCGGUAACUCCGCUGUCCACCAGCAUACCGGGCUCCAGCGUGCCGGGAUCGCCGAUAAAAAAUGGAACGUCUGCUGUCAAUGGGGGUGGUGAUCAUCAAUCGGCGGGUACGGAUCUCCAAUCGUCGCUGAACUUGUACUUUGGCGCCGCCCAUCGGAUCAUGAGCGGUGAAAGGUUCAUCGUCAAGGGCCGGCGGGUGUCGCUCUCCGGAAAGGUACAGUAUUUGAUCGAGUGGGAAGGCUGCCCGGCGACGCAGGUUAUGUAAGUGUUUUUAAAUUCCGUUUGUUCGUUUUUGUGGUGGGUACAGAUGUAUAUUUGCUCUCCGCUUUUAAAAUUUUGUUAUUUUUAUUUCAGUGGAAGUAAAUACUUUCGUUUUAA